CAGUUUGAAUCGGGAUCUGGGCUCCCAGCCGCGGAGGCUGCGCCGGAACCGGCUCUCUCAGGAGUGUUUUUUUUUUUUCCCUUUCCGGCUGGCAAGUUUCUUUACAGAUGUUUAAAUAACAAAGAAAGGGGAGCAAAAUGAGCUGGGCUUUGGAAGAAUGGAAAGAAGGGCUGCCCACAAGGGCUCUUCAGAAAAUUCAGGAGCUCGAAGGACAGCUGGAUAAGCUAAAGAAAGAAAGGCAGCAAAGGCAGUUUCAGCUGGAAACUCUGGAGGCUGCACUGCAGAAGCAAAAACAGAAGGUUGAGAAUGAAAAGACGGAGGGCACAAACCUGAAAAGGGAGAAUCAAAGCUUGAUGGAAAUAUGUGAAAAUCUGGAGAAGGCCAAGCAGAAGAUUUCCCACGAACUUCAAGUCAAGGAGUCACAAGUGAAUUUCCAAGAGGGACAAUUGAGUUCAAGCAAGAAACAGAUAGAAAAACUGGAACAGGAACUUAAAAGGUGUAAAUCUGAACUUGAAAGAAGCCAACAGGCUGCACAGUCUGCAGAUGUCUCUCUGAAUCCAUGCAACACACCACAAAAAAUGUUUGCAGCUCCACUAACACCGAGCCAUUAUUAUAGCGGUUCCAAAUAUGAAGAUCUAAAAGAAAAAUAUAAUAAAGAGGUCGAAGAACGAAAAAGAUUAGAGGCAGAGGUGAAAGCUCUGCAGGCAAAAAAAGUGAGCCCGGCUAUUCCACAAAACACCAUGAAUCACAGGGACAUUGCCCGACACCAGGCCUCGUCGUCUGUGUUCUCCUGGCAACAAGACAAGACCCCAAGCCGUCUUUCUUCUAGUGCUCUGCAAACUCCGGUUAGGAGAGAUUUCUCUGCAUCUUACUUUUCUGGGGAACAGGAAGUGACUCCGAGCAGAUCAACUUUACAAGUAGGGAAAAGAGAUGCUAAUAGCAGCUUCUGUGAUAAUUCUAGCAAUUCUCAUCUUCUGGAUCAAUUAAAAGCCCAGAAUCAAGAGCUAAGGAGCAAGAUUGCUGAGUUGGAAUUACGUCUGCAAGGACAAGAAAAAGAAAUGAAAGGCCAAGUAAAUAAAUGGCAAGAACUACAGCUCCAACUGGAGAAAGCAAAGAUGGAAUUAAAUGAAAAAGAGAAAGCUUUGAAUAAAAGUAGGGAUGAACUAGUGAGAACGACAGCACAGUAUGACCAAGCAUCAGCCAAGUGUACUGCAUUGGAACAAAAACUGAAAAAAUUGACUGAAGAUUUGAGUUGUCAGCGACAAAAUGCAGAAAGUGCCAGAUGUUCUGUGGAACAGAAACUCAAGGAAAAAGAGAAGGAGUUUCAAGAGGAGUUGUCCCGUCAACAGCGCUCCUUCCAAACACUGGACCAAGAGUGCGCUCAGAUGAAAGCCAAACUCACGCAGGAGCUGCAACAGGCCAAGAACGCCCACAAUAUUCUGCAGGCCGAGCUGGAUAAAGUCACAUCAGUAAAGAACCAGCUAGAGAAAAGAUUGGAAGAAUUUAAGCAAAAUGCCUGCCGAACCGAACAGGCAUUGCAGGCGAGUCAGAGCAAGGAAACUGAGCUGAAGAGGAGCCUCGAGGAAACGAAGAAGGAAAACAGCUUCCUUAAGAGCCAGUCAGAGCAAAGCGCCAGAGAAGUCUGCCACCUGCAGGAGGAACUGAAGAAGACCAAGCAGUGUCUGAGUCAGAGCCAGAAUUUUGCAGAAGAAAUGCGGGCUAAGAAUACUUCUCAGGAAUCCAUGUUAAAAGAUCUUCAAGAAAAAAUAAAUCAGCAAGAGAAUUCCUUGACUUUAGAGAAACUGAAGCUUGUCUUGGCUGACCUGGAAAAGCAGCGUGACUGUUCUCAAGACCUUUUGAAGAAAAGGGAACAUCACAUUGAACAACUGAGUGAAAAGUUAAGCAAAACAGAGAGAGAGUCUGAAGCUUUAUUGAGUGCUUUGGAGAUAAAAAAGAAAGAAUUUGAACAAUUGAAAGAAGAGAAAACUCUGUUUUCUCGUUGGAAAAGUGAAAAUGAACAACUUAUAAAGCAGAUGGAAUCAGAAACGGAGAGCUUGCAGAGUAAAAUUAAUCAAUUGGAAACUUGUCUUAAGACACAAAAAAUAAAAAGCAAUGAAUACAACGAAAGAGUAUGCACAUUGGAGAUGGAAAGAGAAAACCUAAACGUCGAGGUGAGAAACCUUCACAAUGUGAUUGAUAGCAGGACUGCGGAGGUAGAGGCACAGAAACAAGCUUACACAGAGCUACAGCAGAAAGCUGAGUUCUCAGAUCAGAAACAUAAGAAGGAAAUGGAAAAUAUGUGUUUGAAAGUUUCUGAGCUUACUGGGCAAGUUGAAGAUCUAAAGCACAAGCUUCAAUUACUAUCAAGUGAAAUAGUGGACAGAGACCGACGUUACCAAGACUUGCAAGCAGAAUAUGAGAGCCUCAGGGAUCUGCUGAAAUCCAGUGAUUCUUUGGUGGCAAAUGAGGCUCAUCCCAGAAGCCUUUUGGCUCUUGAGCAGCAGUCUGCAGUGAAUAAUUCCUUUGCAAAUGUUCUUGGGGAACAAGGAAACAUGCCUUCAGAAAGGAGUGACGGCCAUGUAGAAGCAGGCCAAAGUCCAAAAAAUUCAGCCAUCUUACAAAAUAGAGUCGUUUCUCUUGAGUUUUCAUUGGAGUCUCAAAAGCAGAUGAACUCAGAUCUGCAAAAGCAGUGUGAAGAGUUGGCACAAAUCCGAGGAGAAAUAGAAGAAAACCUCGUCAAAGCAGAACAGAUGCAUCAAAGUUUUGUGGCAGAAACAAGCCAACGCAUUAGCAAGUUACAGGAAGACACUUCUGUUCAUCAGAAUGUUGUUGCAGAAACUUUAGUUGCCUUGGAGAGCAAGGACAAAGAGUUGCAGCUUUUGAAUGAAAGAUUAGAAAGUGAGCAAGCAGAGAUUCAGGAAUUAAAAAAGAGCAACCACUUGCUUCAGGAAUCUCUAAAGGAGCUACAACUUUUGUCCGAAACUCUGAGCUCGGAGAAAAAGGAAAUGAGUUCCAUCCUUUCUCUAAAUAAAAAGGAAAUUGAAGAGCUGACCCAAGAGAAUGGGACUCUCAAGGAACUUCACGCAACCUUAAAUCAAGAGAAGAUGGAUUUACUCCAAAAAAGUGAGAAUUUUUCACAGUGUUUAGUUGAAAGGGAAAAAAGCAUUUCAGAGUUAACUAAUCAGUACGAGCAAGACAGACUUAUUUUACUACAGAGAUGUGAAGAUACAGGAAAUGCAUUUGAGGAUCUUAGCGAGAAGUACAAAGCAGCUCAAGAAACAAACUCCAAAUUAGAAAGCAUGCUAAAUGAAUUCACUAGUGUUAGUGAAGACAGAAAAAAUGAUUUGGAACAGCUAAAGGAAACAUUUGCAAGGGAACACCAAGCAUUUGUAGCAAAAUUAGCUUUAGCCGAAGAAAGAAACCAGAAUCUAAUACAAGAGUUGGGGUCAUUGCAAGGAGAUCUGAGAGCUGAGAUCACAGAGAUUCAAAGCAAUUCCAAGAGAGAGGCUGAUGGUUUAAAGCAAGAGAUUGUGGCCUUAAAAGAAGAACGCGGCAAAAUGCAAAAGGAAAUGAACGCCUUAUUACAAGAGACUGAGCAGCUGAGGAAGUUAAUGAAGACGAAAUGUGAGCAUCAGAAUCCAGAAUCGGACCCAAUUAGUGACUCUGUGCCAGAAAGAGACAAUAAGAUGCAUAAAUGUCAUGUUCAGCUGCCGAUGGAGCUUGAAGUUAAAGAAACUCUUCUAGACAAUUAUGAUGCACAGUUGGAACAAUUAGAAGCUAAGAUAAGACACAUGGAAGUACAACUUGAGGAAAGUGAGAAGGAGAAGAAGCACCUACAGCACGAAUUGCAGACAAUUCAAAGAGAAUUUGGAUCUGGAAAUUUGCAGCAAGACACUCAGUCACAGGAGAUCAGUGGCCUUAAAGACCACGAAGUAGAUACAGAAGAAAAUUAUAUGUCCAUGCUCCAUGAGUUGUCAACAAGUCAAAACAACAGCUCGCAUCUACAGUGCUCUGUAGAAACGGCCAUGAACAAGCUGAAUGAGCUCGAGACCAUGUGUGAAAUGCUGCGCGGUAAAAAGUUUGGAUCAGUAUCUGAGCUGAGUGACUCAAGAUCAGAAUGUAUCACAGCAACUAGGCAAGUGGCAGAAGACGUUGAGAACCUAGUCAGUGAAGUUAAAAUACUAAAUGAUGAAAAUGGUCAUUGCCAAGGUGACUUAGUGGAGGAAAUGCCAGAAGGUGAGCUUGGCGAACAACAAAAUGCAGAGACGUCGGUGUCCUUAAAUCCUUUGGACCACAGUCACAUCUAUGAACACUUGACAUUGUUGAACAAAGAAGUUCAAAUGCACCUUGCUGAAUUGCAGGAGAAAUUGUCAUCUUUACAAAACGAACACAAAAUUUUACACGAUCAGCACAGCCAAAUGAGCUCUAAGAUGUCAGAGCUACAGUCCUAUGUUGACACAUUAAAGGCCGAGAAUUCGGUCUUGUCAAUGAGUUUGAGAAGCUCUCAAGGUGACUUGGUGAAGGAGGGGAAGAUGGAACCCGGGGAGGUGCAUUCACUGUCACUGUCAUUCUCUUGUGUGGCUGACAUCCCUAGUCUUACAAGUCUGGGAGAAUUGUCAUUUUGCAAAGAUCUUCUGGAACAGACAGGGGAAAUAUCCCUUUUGAAUAAUUUAGAAGGGAGUGUUUCUACAAACCAGUCUAACCUAGAGGAGGUAUCUUACAGCAGUCUGCAGGAGGAGGAUCUGCCCCAGAAAGCAGUCCCAUCCACCCCAGGGAAGAGUGUUGAAGAACUUGAGAUCCUCUGCCAGAUAUACCUGCAGUCCCUCAAAAAGCUAGAAGAGAAAAUUGAAAAUCAAGAGAUCAUGAAAAAGAAGGAAAUUGAAGAGCUUGAACAGUUACUAAGUUCUGAAAGGGAAGAGCUUGACUGCCUUAGGAAGCAGCAUUUGUCAGAAAAUGAACAGUGGCAACAGAAGCUGGCAAGCGUGACGGUGGAGAUGGAGUCCAAGUUGGCGGCAGAAAAGAAACAGACGGAACACCUGUCACUGGAACUCGAGGUAGCACGACUCCAGCUACAAGGCCUGGACUUGAGUACUCGGUCUUUGCUCGUCACUGACCUUGAAGAUGCUAUUCAGGGUGGAAACGAUAGCUGUGACACAAAAGAAUCAGAAGAAUGUACUUCGGAAACUAAAGAGAGAACAGCAAAGCAGGACGUUCAUCUGAUUUGUGAAAAAGAUGUUCAGCAGGACCUCAGUGUAGAGGUGGAGAAAGUCACCAAGACCGUGGCAGUUCUGCAGGCAGGAGAAAGUCCUCAGGAGCUGUCUCCAGAAACCAAUUCUGAUUCCCCACUGGAAGACAAAACCCAGGACUUUCCAGAAUGCAUUUCUGAGUUGUCACUUUCUGGUUCUAAUGCUUUGGUACCUAUGGAUUUUCUAGAGACUCAGGUAACCACUCAGAAUCUCCAGCUGCAGGUAAAAGAGACAUCAAAUGAGAAUUUGCGAUUACUUCAUGUCAUAGAGGAACGUGACAAAAAUGUUGAAAUUUUGUUAAGUGAAAUAAAAGAGUUAAAUUCAAAACUCAACUUACAGGAAGUGCAACUAACUACCAAGAUUGAAACAUGCAGAGAACUGAGGAAAACAGUUGAAGAACUUAAGAAAGAAAAGUCAGAUUUAAUGGAAAAAUUGAAAAUCCUUUCUUGUGAUAACCCAGAGUUCCACCAGAGAGUAGAAAGUUCAGGAGGCCUCAGCUCUAGUUUAGAAAUGGGCACAGCUAAAUUGUCCCAUGAAGUUACUGAAGAUCGUGUAACCAAGGUGGCUGACCCCUGGAGAGAGAGAUUCCUCGACGUGGAAAACGAGCUGCAGAGGAUCAAGUCUGACUUAGAGAGAGUUCAGGCAGGGAAGCUGCGUUUAGAAAAAGACAGUGAAAACAAGCAGCGAGUUAUCAGCUGUCUUGAGGAAGAGCUCUCUGUGGUCACAAGUGAGAGAAACCGGCUUCAUGGAGAAUUAGAUGCUUUGUCAAAAGACAACAACGAGUUGGACUUGAUGUCUGAAAAGAUGAAGGAGAAACUUCACGAGCUGGAGCCUCAGCGGGAGUGCCUACAGCACGUUGAUGUGGUGGAAGCCGAGCUGAAGGCCAGGACGGAGCUCCUUCAGACUUUGUCCUCAGAUCACGCCCGUCUCCAGGAGCAGCUGCAGCGCUUGGGAGAGGACUCACAGGCAUUGUCUUUAGAAAAAAGUAAGCUGGAAAACCAAAUCGGACAAUUGAAUAACGAGAAGGAAUCGCUUGUAAGGGAAUCGGAGAGCCUGCAGACCAAGUUGUGUGAACUGGAGCAGGAAAAGCUGACUGUUGCUAAGGCCUUGGAGGCUGCAGUAAUGGAAAAAGGCGAGGUCGCCAUGAGGCUGUGCUCAACCCAGGACGAGGUGCAGCAACUGAGAAGUGGCAUUGAGAAACUGAGGGUCCGCAUCGAGGCCGACGAAAAGAGGCAGCUCCAUGUCCUAGAGAAGCUGAAAGAAAGUGAGCGCAAGAAUGAUUCCCUUCAGGAUAAAGUUGAGAACCUUGAAAGAGAAUUGCAGAUGGCAGAGGAAAACCAAGAGACAGUUAUUCUUGAUGCUGAGAAUUCCAAAGCAGAGGUGGAGACCCUGAAAACACAAAUAGAAUUGACCACCGAACACCUGAAAGCUUUGGAAUUAGACCUCAUCAUGAUAAGGUCCGAAAAAGAAAAUCUGACCAAGCAGCUGCAAGAAAAACAAGGUCAAGUGUCUGAGUUAGAUGCACUACUCUCUUCCUUUAAAACUGUAUUGCAAGAAAAGGAGCAGGAAAAAAUACAGAUGAAAGAAGAAUCCAAAGCUGCAGUGGAAUUGCUUCAAGCAGAAUUGAAAGAGCUGAGCGAGGAGGUGGCAGCCUUGUGUGAUGACCAAGAAACCGGGACGGUCAGAGAACAGAGCCUGGGCUCCCCAGGGCAGGGCGUGCACCAGCUGAGAAAGAGCAUCGAAAAGCUGAAAGUGCGCCUAGAAGCUGAUGAAAAAGAGCAGCAGGAAAGUAAGCAUCAUGCGGAUUUGCUUAAGGAUAGGGUAGAGAACCUUGAAAAAGAACUGGAGAUGUCAAGAAAAAACCACGAGCUUGUGAUUCUGGAAGCGGCGGAUUCCAAAGCAGAGGUGGAGGCCCUAAAAGCAAAAAUAGAGGAGAUAGCCCCAAAUCUGAGAGAUCUGGAAUUAGAUCUUGUCAAUGUAAGGGCAGAGAAAGAAAAUCUGACAGAAGAACUGCAGAAAGAGCAAGGCCGAGUAUCUGAAUUAGAAACAUUAAAUUCUUCGUUUGAAAAUCUAUUGCAAGAAAAAGAGCAAGAGAAAGUUCAGCUGAAAGAAGAAUCUAAAAUUGCUGAGGAGAGGCUUCAAACACAAUUGAAAGAGCUUCAGGAGAGAGUGACGGCCUUGUGUGAUGACCAAGAGGCCUGGAAGGCCAGAGAACAGGAUCUGAGUGGUCAAGUAGAUUAUCUUGAACAUGAGAAGUCUCAGUUGCUGCAAGGCCUUGACGAGGCCAAAAGUAAUUGCAUUAUUUUGCAGUCUUCUGUGAACGGCCUUAUUCAGGAAGUAGAAGAUGGUAAACAGAAACUCAAAAAGAAGGUCGAAGAAAUCAAUGUACUAAAAAUUCAAAUCGAAGACCGAGAGCAGCUUGUCUCUAAACUGUCCCAGGUGGAAGGAGAGCAGCAAGUUUGGAAGAGGCAAAAAGCAGACCUGGAGAUUCUGACGGUGGAAUUGGAGCAGAAGAUCCAAGGGCUACAGUCCAAAAAUGACGCUUUGCAGGACGCCUUUGAAGCACUGCAGGCUUCUCACAAGGACCUGGAGAAAGAACUUGAAUUGACAAAAAUGGAAAAAAUAUCUUUUGUUGAACAAGUGAAUGCAAUGACUUCGAAGGAGACUGAGCUGCAGAGAGAAAUGCACGAGAUGAUGCAGAAAAUGUCGACGUUGGAAGAAGAAUUCAGCGGGGAGAAAAAUCGGCUAACUGAAGAAUUAAAUUUAAUGUCAGAAGAAGUAAAGAGCAGCAAAGGUCAAUUAAAGGAAUUCAUGUUAGAAAACAGUGCGUUGAAAAGCAGCUUGGAUUGCAUACACAAAGACCAGAUAGAAAAGCAAGAGAAAACGAGAGAAGAACUAGCUGAGUAUCAGCUCCAGCUCCAGGAAGCUGAAAAGAAACACCAAACUUUGCUUCUGGACGCAAACGAACAGCAUGAAAUGGAAAUCCAGACGUAUCGAGAGAAAUUGGCUUCUAUGGAAGAAUGUCUCAGCUCUCAGAAGGUGGAGAUUGACCUCUUAAAGUCCAGUAAAGAAGAACUGAAUAAUUCCUUGAAAGCGGCCACUGAGCUUUUAGAAGAAUGGAAGAAAACCAAGAUGGACAAUCUAAAACAUGCAAGUCAGCUGAAGAAGGAAAAGGAGCGUGCCCAGGGGAAAAUAAAGUUGUUGAUCAAAUCCUGUAAGCAGCUGGAAGAGGAGAAGGAGUUGCUGCAGAAAGAGCUGUCUCGCCUUGAAGACGCCACGCGAGAGAAACAGAAAUCAGGUCCUGUUGUGGAUGCCAGCGUCGAUGAACUAAUGACUGAGGUGAAAGAACUGAAAGAAACCCUUGAAGAGAAAAGCAAGGAGGCCGACGAAUACCUGGAUAAGUACUGUUCGCUGCUCAUAAGCCACGAGAAGUUGGAGAGGGCCAAAGAGGUGUUAGAGACACAAGUCACUUGUCUGCGUUCACAACAAUCUCAACCUAAUGCCCAAAGUUCUUCGCCCAACUCUGUUGUUCCGGGACCAUCUCCAGUCUCCUCUGUUACUGAACAGCAGGAAUCAUCUGGCCAGAGUAAAGCUCCAGGCAAAAGGCAAAGGCCCAGUGGGAUUCGGGAGAGUGGGGGAGGAACAGCGCCUUCUACCCCAGACACUGUUCCUAAGAGAAGCCGGAAGGCGGCCAGAAGUGUUCACCCUGCAGAGGGUGCAGAAGACGCUGAGUUUGAGCUCGAGGGGCUUCCAGAAGUUGUAAAGAAAGGGUUUGCUGAUAUCCCAACGGGAAAGACAAGCCCUUAUGUCCUGCGAAGAACAACCAUGGCAACGAGGACCAGCCCCCGCCUUGCUGCCCAGAAGUUAACACCAUCCCCACCAAGUACCCACAAAGAAAAUCACGCCGAGACCUCGAAACCAACAGUGGGUGGCAGCAGAUCACAAAAGGUCAAGGUCGCCCAUGAGAGCCCAGCGGAGCGGGGCGCCACCCUCCGAGAACCCACCGCGAGGCCGCUCUCGGUCAGUAACCUUCCUGAGAGGCGCUCAGCGGGCAGCCCCCGGGAGGGCCUGAGGCCCAAGCGAGGCCGGCUCAGCCCCGGCCCGGAGGCCGCCACCAAGCCCAGCGAGAACUGUCGGGUCCAGUAGAGGAGACGAGCCUGCGUCUUGGGACCCCCAGCAGGUGGCUGUAGUGACUACACAGCAGCGUGCCGGCAAGGGCUUGUCUUUAGGCAGGGACACAUUGUCAGUGGGAAGAAGACAAUCCCUUAUCAAUCUAACUGCAUUGUACUCUUUGGAUCCUCCAUUAGAAGUGUUUGGAAGCCCUGAUCACCUAUUCCGCAUGGAUACUCCUUUUCAGUGUUGUAAAUUGUAGUGUAGAAAGCCUUUUGGUAAUAUUGCACUUGAGUGGCAAGCACUAUAUUAUAACUUCUGUUUGUGUGUGGAUUUUAUACUAAAAAAAAUGCAAAACAUUGUAUACUUCCAAUUAAUAGCUCCCAGGAAAAUGUAAACUUGCCUUAUGCUAUUUCCUGUGUUUAGUUUUAGAUUGAGAAUUUCUUUGAGCUGAGUUAAAAUGAAGGAAAACCAUGUUAUAUGUUUCUAAGGAAAAUAUGCUCACAUAUACACAUAUGGCCAUGUCCACCCUUCUCUUCCAACGUGUCUUCUAAAUCUUUGUUUAUAUAAUGUGUACAUAUUUGUAUGUGGCGGUGGUGGGAAUUGUGUAUUUACUUCCAAGUAGCCUGGUUGCAGUCUCCUUGAAGGUGUAAUAUAUCAAAUUUUCUGUCAUUGUGAUACUCAUUUUUUUAAAAAAAUUUGUCAUGCGUGCUCACAAAUAGUGAUGUUGUAUUAAAAUAAGGCAUUUUUUUCCUACUAAAAAAAUCACUUUUCUUUCUGUAAAAA